AUGUUGAGAUCCUCGACCCUCAGAACGUCUCAGCUUUUGAAAAGAUCCAUUGCGACCCAAGCUGCCCCCAAAGCGGAAUUUACGGAAUUAGCCAAUGGUUUAAAGGUUGCAACUGAACACAAUCCAAAUGCUACCUCAGGUGCCGUUGGUGUUGUUUUCGGCUCUGGUUCAACCGCUGAAAAUCCUUACAACAACGGUGUUUCUAACAUCUGGUCUCAUGUUUUCACCGACGUUGUCAAUGGCUCUCAAGCAGCUAAAUCUGGUUUGGCAUUAAACUCUCAAAUCUCAAGAGAUUUCCAAUCUUACUUGGUUAGCAGUAAACCAGGUUCCGUUGGUAAGGCACUUGAUUUCUUGCAAUCAAAGAUUUCUGGUCCACUAGAUGGAUCAAUCUUUGAAUCAGCUAAGUCUAAGGUUUUGUCUCAGGUUUCCAGUUUUGAAGAGAAUGAUCAUGCAGGUCGUGUUUUGGAACAUUUACACAGCACUGCAUUCCAAAACACACCAUUGGCUCUACCAACCAGAGGUACUUUAGAAUCCGUAGAAACUUUAGUGGCCUCUGAUUUGGACCAUUUUGCCAAGAACAACUUUGUUAACAGUAAUGCUGUUAUUGUUGGUUCCGGUAACGUUAGCCAUAAUGAAUUGGUUAAGGCUGUUGAAUCUAAUGUUUCCUUGGGUUCUGGUGAAAAGGUUGUUUCUAAUAAGAAAUCCUCUUUCUUAGGUUCUGAAGUUAGAAUGAGAGACGACACUUUGCCAAAGGCUUGGAUUUCUAUUGCCGCUGAAGGUGAACCUGUUUCUUCCCCUCAUUAUUUCACUUCUAAAGUUGCCGCUGAAAUUUUUGGUAGUUACAACGCUUUUGAACCUGCUUCCAGAUUACAAGGUGUCAAAUUGCUAGAUUGGUUACAAGAAUAUGGAUUGUGUGAUAGCUUCAACCAUUUCUCCCACAGUUACAAAGAUUCUGGUCUUUGGGGUUUCUCUACCGUCACUAGAAAUAUUGGUAACCUCGAUGAUUUGGUUCAUUUCACUUUGAAACAAUGGAACAGAUUGACUGUCUCUAUUACGGAAGCUGAAGUGGCUAGAGGUAAGGCUCUAUUGAAGUUGAAACUGGCUACUGAAGCUAAAAACCACGCUGAAGCAGCAUCUCUAUUGGGUGCUUCCGCUUUGUCCGUUGGUCACAAACCAAGUUUAAAUGAAGUCUUUGCUAAGAUCGACCAAGUUUCUUCUAAGGAUGUUAAAGAAUGGGCUGGCCAUAGAUUGUGGGACCAAGAUAUCGCUAUUGCUGGUACUGGCCAAAUCGAAGGUUUAUUGGAUUACACAAGAAUCAGAAACGACAUGUCCAUGAUGAGAUGGUAA